UACCUCACUUAUGAAUUCUCAAUUUGUCUUCCGGGCCAGCAGGUGUCACCCGUCCUGGAGGAGCGUGCUCACAUUCUCAGUCUCUCUCUCUCGAAACUGCGUUUCAUGGAUGACCCAGAGUCCUUCUUACGGCGCUCCGUGCUCAUCAACAACCUUCUCCGUCGCCUCAGAAAUGAAAUCCUCCUCCAGAGCGACUGGUGCUUCCCAUCGGGUCCCACAGCAACACCUUGUCCCCUCCAAACCCCUGGCACAAAUACCCCACUUCCUCCUCCAGUCCUGCAGCCCUGCAUUAUGCCACCUGGGCCGUACCGCAAACGCCUACGUCUGCUGAGGAGGAAAGGCCCAGAGUGUGUCCCAGCCUGCUGCUGCUUAUACGCAGCCGGCCGUUACCUUCAGCUCCCCCUGUCUGUGUACGAACGGGACGUAUACUCCAACUCUCACCCUUCUUCUUCAUCACCAUCUUCAGUUCGAUUUCCACAGCUGCUGGAGGAGGAUGAGGAGGAGGACAGUGAUGACGAAGAGGAGGACUCUGUGUGUCCUAUGUUGGCUCUGUGUCAAGCUGAAACCAGAGAGCAGAACAGGACGUGGGAUGGUCUACAGCCACAGAGCCACAGGGAAGACGAGACCAAGGAGAAAGAGAGAGAAAAGGGGAAAGAGAGGGUUAGAGGAGGGGAGGUUUCACAGCGAUGGAUUUCAGACACUAUAGGUACUGGACACCAUGGGCCUCUCACCAGGGCUCACGUGAGGGGAAAAUAACAACUGAACACUUGCUGUGGAAACAAAGGAAGUAACUGGUUUCCAGCGGCCUUAUAGAUCAGUUAUACGAACCAGAAUAUCAAUGGUCAAUGUUUUUGAAUUUUUAGGUACUUUUUUUGUACUUCUGGAUUCUGCAACACCACAGAUCAAAAGGGACAGCGAAUUCACAUAUUGCUUGUCUCUUGCGAAAACUACCAUACUGUGCCUUAAAUGUUCUUGUUUAAUCCGUUUGAUGUGUUUGUAGAUAUUUGUGAAUGAAGCAGUUUAAUCCACAAAGUAUGGAAGCUUGUUUCAAUAAACUCACAAUUCUGAGAA